CGGCCCGAAAUUUUUAUCUGCCAUAUUUGUUACGAAGUGGAAGUGCUCUGUUCCGACAGAAAUAUCUAGAGAAGGUGGCUCAUCGGGCUGUGUCUAUAAGUUUUGUUUUGGCGGACAAUUCUUAGAUUUUUCGGGAGUAGUUUUCGGAAAAUGACACGGGGAAAUCAACGAGAUCUUGCUCGCCAAAAGAAUCAGAAAAAAGUACUGGAAGCCAAGAAGGGCAGGAGGGAUGACAACUUAACGCUUGAGCAAAGAAAGCAAAGAGAUGCGGAAAUGAUGCGGGAAAAACAGAAGAAGAAAGAAGAGCAACAGUCAGGCGCGAAAAGCUAAAACUUUUACGAAACUGACUUUAUUUUAAGGAGAGAGAUAUUAAACACGAAGCGGGCAGAAAUAGACGAGAUUCCUUUCCUUUCAAAUCAUGAAACGUAUUGCUGUCAAGGAAAUUAUCGUGAAAGAUUUGAUUUCAUAAAUUUUGCUCCGUAUAUUUUCUUUUGUUCUAAAUAUACACACACUACAAAUAGAAUAAA